AGAAGACAGCGCAGGCGCAGCGGCGUCACGUGUGCGCUUACUGGAAGUGCAGUGGGUCAGCCCUUGGAAUUAGUUGGCGAGCCUUGGAGUUGUCUCAGUGAUGGCUAAGUCCAGCCUGGGACAGGAUUCCGACAGCACCGCCGCGGUGGCGGUGCUAAAGCGGGCAGUGGAACUGGAUGCAGAAUCUCGGUACCAGCAGGCUCUGGUGUGUUACCAGGAGGGGAUUGACAUGCUCUUGCAGGUUCUGAAAGGCACCAAAGAAUCUAGUAAAAGAUGUGUUCUCAGAACGAAAAUCUCCGGCUACAUGGAUAGAGCAGAAAAUAUAAAGAAAUACUUAGAUCAAGAAAAAGAAGAUGGAAAAUAUCACAAGCAAAUUAAAAUAGAAGAGAAUGCAACUGGUUUCAGUUACGAGUCACUUUUUAAAGAAUACCUCCACGAGACAGUUACAGAAGUUUGGGUAGAAGACCCUUAUAUUAGACAAACUCAUCAGCUGUAUAACUUCCUUCGGUUUUGUGAGAUGCUGAUUAAGAAGCCAUGUAAAGUAAGGACUAUUCACCUUCUCACCUCUGGGGAUGAAGGUUUUGGGAACACACAGCAGAGUAUUGGCCUUGAAGAAAUAAAGCAGUCCCUCAGGAGUCACGGAGUGCUGUUGGAAAUUAACUACUCUUCAUCUAUACAUGACAGAGAAAUUAGGUUCAACAAUGGAUGGAUGAUUAAAAUUGGAAGGGGCCUUGAUUAUUUUAAGAGACCACAGGGUCGUUUUUCUCUUGGAUAUUGUGACUUAGACCUGAGACCGUGUCAUGAAACGACAGUGGACAUUUUUCACAACAAACACACGAAAAAAAUAUGAUGUGUAAUGACCUAAGUGUACGUUUCUGCUGUAGGUGACUUGAGCCCAUUUUCUGUUGCUAGAACUGAACAUCACACACUGGAUAAUGUGUAAAGGAUAGAGGUUUGGGCUUUGGUAUUUGGAGAGGAUCUUCCUUCUGCAUCCCACAUGGCACAAUGCCAAAAAAUGGAGCGGGCUUGUGAGUCAGAGCCUGACACCUCAGAGGUUUCCCCCUCUCAACACUGCUGAACUAGGGACCAAGAUUCUAACUCAUGAACUUCUGGGAACACAUUCAAACCGUAGUAAGCAAAUAGUGAGUUUGCUUCUCCUUUUUAUCUACUCCGAACAUAUUUUUAUAAUAUAUGAAUUUAACAAUAAAUGUUUACAUUUCUACUAA